CUCUCCGAAGAUUACCAUGGUUACGUACAUAGGAAAUCACAGAGUCCAAUUAUUUUCCAGAGAUUAUCUUCAUCUAUAAAAAUGGCCAAGACAGACAUGGAGCGGGUCGGCCUGUUCUCUGAACAGACCUAUACGACUAUUGGAGAUCCUUAUGUACCUCCAGGAAAGAAGGCGAAUGCUGAAAGUGCCAGCAAGGGGAAACAAAUGAUGACUGCCAGUACAAAAGUGAAGUCCGCUGCUCAAGACGGCUACUUUGGCAAAAACUAUGAUAGGAUCAUGACGGGUGAGGCAUAUUCUGAUCCUGUCAAGAAGAGGAGAAAGGACCGAAUAGAAGAAACUAAAAAGAAUAUCGGCAAGGCCUUCAUUCCUUCCAGUGGAACCAAGAAGUCUUGCGGUGUGGGCAACCAUCAUGGCACACUGGGUGGUCCCGUUCAAGCAUUCAGUGCAGCCAAAAAACCCAAACCCAAGCAUCAGUCACCUGGUAAGAACUUCCUCACCAACCCGGGCAAGAUGGGAACUGGCUAUGGGUAUAUUGGAGUGACUAUUGGCCCUACCCUCAAGUAUCAGUCUGAACCCAUAGACAGAGCUCAGGACCUCCUAAGGAGAGAGCGCAAAGAGGCCAGCAAGAAGAUGAAGGGUAGUCCAUUCAAACUGAAUUCUCACCCUAAGGAUACGUUUGAAGACAACCCGUACAAGACUGACAAUCCACAGCCUAUAUACAGGGAGCCCAAAAGAGGUGGCGAGAAGCUCAAACCAUUUAGACCGAGCAACCCUGCAAAACUGUCUGCUGGGUGCCAUGCUGGUACGUUCGAUCCUUAUCCUAAGCACUCUGAUGAUCUGUACACUCGCUCCAAGUUAAAAAAAUCAGACAAAGCAAAGUUCAAGGGUGGUGAGUUCAAACCCUCUCCUGGACCAAAGACUACACCCACUACAUCAGUGCUCCAACAGAACGUAUUGAGGAGAAUGAACACAACAAACUACUCGUCGACAGUUCCAGUGCUUUAGUUAGCACACACUCAGUGACUGUGUGUUUGUGUGUGUGUGUGUGUGUGUGUGUGUGUGUGUGUGUGUGUGUGUUGACAGAGAACGUAUUAGCUUUACAAUUAUGUGGCUCUUUUGCUUUUUAAACCAUGAAUAUAUCACAAUACACAUUCUCGACGGAAAA